UUUGAAGAAACCUAUAUUCGUCGCCAAGUUAGACAAGUAUCAAGAAAUGGAGAUGUGACUUGGAGAGACCCAUUAUUUCCAUCUUCUUUCUGGUCAGUCCACAAAAAUAAUGAAUAUGAUUUUCCUCAAACUAAUAAUUUUGUUGAGGCAUGGCAUAGUAGGUGGAAAACUCUAAUUGGCUCAAGUAAUUUGAAUAUCUUUAAAUUUAUAAAAGAGAUUCAAAAAGAACAAAAUCGAGUUCAACUCGAUAUUACAGCUAUUUUGCGUAGAACGCCAAGACCUUUUCAAGAAAAACUGAAUACUGUGCGUGAAUCACGAAUUAUAACAGUCUUAGAUAAUCAUAAUAGUAGACCAUUAAUGAUCUUUCUUGAAGGAAUUGCUCACAAUCUUUCAUUAUAA